AUGGCGAGGAGUAAAGUGGUUAGUAGUGGUCACGGGAUAUGGAAAUAUUUCAACCCAGCUUAUUAUCUCCGAAGGCCGAGGCGUCUAGCUUUCCUCAUCAUCCUCUUCGUCUCUGUUUCCAUGGUCGUCUGGGAUCGUCAAACUCUUUCCCGAGAUUACGAGUCUGAAGUUUCCAAGUUAAAUGAAGAGCUUUUGCGGUUGCAGCAGAUGUUAGAAGAGGUAAAAGUCGUCACAGAGGAUGUAUCUGUGAGCUCUUUGAAGCAUGUCCAGGAAGAUCCAGUUGAUGCGCAGCGGAUGCAGAGAGUUAAAGAAGCAAUGAUUCAUGCUUGGAGUUCUUAUGAAAAGUAUGCCUGGGGACAAGAUGAGCUUCAGCCCCAGACAAAAGAUGGCGUUGACAGUUUUGGUGGCCUCGGAGCAACUAUGAUAGAUGCAUUAGAUACACUCUAUAUAAUGGGUCUAGAUGAGCAGUUUCAGAAAGCCAGAGAGUGGGUUGCGAGCUCAUUAGAUUUCGACAAGGAUUACUCGGCCAGUAUGUUUGAGACAACCAUAAGAGUAGUGGGAGGGCUUCUCAGUGCGUAUGAUCUCUCCGGGGACAAAAUUUUCCUUGAAAAGGCUACGGAUAUAGCAGACAGAUUGUUGCCUGCAUGGGACACUAAAUCGGGUAUACCAUAUAAUGUCAUCAACUUGAGACAUGGAAAUGCUCACAAUCCUUCAUGGGCUGGGUCAAACAGUAUUCUUGCGGAUUCUGGGACUGAGCAGCUCGAGUUUAUUGCCCUUUCCCAGAGGACAGGGGACCCAAAAUAUCAGCAAAAGGUAGAAAAGGUUAUAUCAGUACUAAAUAAGAACUUCCCUGCUGAUGGUUUACUUCCGAUCUAUAUAAAUAUCGAUUCAGCUGAUAAUCCAUCCUACUCUUCUACCAUGACAUUUGGUGCCAUGGGAGACAGCUUUUACGAAUAUUUGCUCAAAGUUUGGGUCUUUGGGAGCAAAACUUUAGUAGUGAAACACUAUAGAGAGAUGUGGGAGAAAUCAAUGAAAGGUCUGCUAAGCUUGGUUAAGAAAUCAACACCUUCGUCGUUUACAUAUAUCUGUGAGAAGAAUGGAAAUUCUUUGUCCGAUAAGAUGGAUGAAUUGGCAUGCUUUGCUCCUGGAAUGUUGGCUUUAGGAGCAUCUGGGUAUGAUGAUCCUGCUGAAGCAAAGAAGUUCCUCACACUUGCUGAAGAGCUUGCAUGGACAUGUUAUAACUUUUACCAAUCAACACCAACAAAACUGGCUGGGGAGAAUUAUUUCUUCAACUCUGGGAAUGACAUGAGUGUUGGAACGUCAUGGAACAUCUUGAGACCAGAGACUGUCGAAUCACUGUUUUACCUCUGGCGGUUAACUGGCAACAAGACAUAUCAAGAAUGGGGAUGGAAUAUAUUUGAAGCGUUUGAGAAGAACUCACGCAUAGAGUCUGGAUACGUCGGUUUGAAGGAUGUUAAAACAGGAGCUAAGGACAACAAGAUGCAAAGUUUCUUCCUUGCAGAAACGCUCAAGUAUCUCUAUCUUCUCUUCUCGCCCACAACGGUCAUUCCCUUGGACGAGUGGGUGUUCAACACAGAAGCUCAUCCACUUAAGAUCGUGCCAUGGAAUGAUAAUAAGGUAAAGCUUGAACAAUCUAACAGCGUCCAGCUACACAAACCGGCAAUUAGAUUACGCCAGAGGCGGUUCGGUCGGAUAACAAACAAGUCAGUCGGAUAA